CUUUACAACCCUCAGCAAGUGAUUUUGUUUGUUUUUUUGUGCAUACUUCCACGCUGCAAGUACCCGAGAAGCAUCCCUGACAACGCCAAUCUCCUGCAACCACCCACACAGAAGCGAAUCGGUACUCUAUCAGACUGUCAACAUGGCUGAGAAGCUUUACAUCACAUACAAUGAUGUCCACAACCUCUGCAAAGAGUCUGCGGAACACAUCCUCGCCAACUUCCAGCCUCAGCUGAUGAUUGCGAUUGGCGGCGGCGGCUACGUCCCUGCGCGCAUCCUGCGAUCCUUCCUCAAGAAAACCGGCAGCCCCAACAUCCCCAUCCAGGCCAUCGGUCUCUCUCUCUACGAGCAGCUGUCCACGGACAAUGUGGUCGAGGAGCCUGGCAAGAAGGUCACCCGCACCCAGUGGCUCGACCUCACCAGCCUCGGCGAGAUGAAGAACCUGAUUGGCAAGAAGAUCCUCAUCGUUGACGAGGUCGACGACACCCGAACCACCCUCGAGUACGCCGUCAAGGAGCUGGAGAAGGAUGUCGAGCUGGCGAGGCAGAAGCUGGGAGUUGAUGGCAAGACCGAGUUUAGCAUUUUUGUGUUGCACAACAAGGAAAAGCAGAAGAAGGGCACGCUCCCUCAGGACAUGAUGGACAGCGGUCGAUAUCUGGCUGCGCGUACUGUCGGCGACGAGUGGAUCUGCUACCCGUGGGAAGCUGACGACAUAGAGGAGCAUGAUGAGCUCGCGCGACAGGCCAAGACCAAGCAGGCCAACGGCAGGGCAUGAUCACUGUACAAGGGUCAACUACAUCGACAUACCUCAGACGGCCAUCGACAUCACUGCAAAGUGACACCCCAAUAAGGGUGUAAAUUCCUGGUUUCCCCAGAGCGCGACCGAACCGCGUAGCCAGUCUUGGGUCCCCAACGCCUGUGUUCACUGGCCCGCCUGAUCAGUGCUUUUGUUUCGCCAGUGCGGUAUGUUUUGAUACCACCGAGUAGACUCGAAGACGCAACAAGCCGCCCUAAGGCAGCCAUCCUUUGGCAAUUGGGUUUCGAAACAAACAAGUAGCGAGGGGAAAAGCGACAAUAAAAUCUAGAGGCUAUCUUCGAAGCCUACCUCUUGGUGAGGUACAUAUACAGAGGCGGGUGGCAAAUUGAAACAAAAGAAGAAAUUUAUUCCCAGCUUUGUAUUCACUUCA